GCCGUGAACGCAACUCCGUCUCUCAGCGGCUCUGCACUCGUCUCCUGUCAUCUUGGCACAGCACCCUGGUCAGGGCAGGGAAACCACUGUCUUUCAUCACCGCAUUAUUAGUAAAGGUGAUUGUUUUUUUUUUAAACAAUGGGGAACAGAGACGACGAGUAUGACUUCUUGUUUAAAGUCGUACUCAUCGGAGACUCAGGUGUGGGGAAGAGUAACCUGCUGUCCCGUUUCACGAGAAAUGAGUUCAACCUGGAGAGCAAAAGCACCAUCGGGGUGGAGUUCGCCACCCGCAGCAUCCAGGUGGACGGCAAGACGAUAAAGGCUCAAAUCUGGGACACGGCUGGACAGGAACGCUACAGAGCCAUCACCUCAGCGUAUUACCGGGGUGCUGUUGGAGCUCUUCUAGUCUAUGACAUCGCCAAGCACCUGACAUACGAGAACGUUGAGCGCUGGCUGAAGGAGCUGAGGGACCACGCUGACAACAACAUUGUCAUCAUGCUGGUGGGAAACAAGAGCGACCUCCGCCACCUCAGGGCAGUGCCCACCGAUGAGGCUCGAGCCUUUGCAGAAAAGAACACUCUGUCAUUUAUCGAGACAUCAGCGUUGGACUCCACAAAUGUAGAAGAGGCAUUCAAGAGCAUUUUAACAGAAAUCUAUCGCAUUGUGUCACAGAAGCAGAUAGCGGACAGAUCUGCACACGAUGAGUCUCCGGGCAACAAUGUAGUGGAUAUCAGUGUCCCCCCGACCACUGACGGGCAGAAGGGCAACAAACUGCAGUGCUGCCAAAGCCUGUGACACUCCAUGACACUCAUCCUCCACCCUCUCCACCUCCACCCUAUCAUCACAUCACCUGUGCACUUUUUUGUCCCUGUUGCUCUGCUCAUGGCCAACUCCCUCUGUCCUUUUACUUUUCUCUCUGCCUUUCAUUGUUUUAUAUAGGACUUCCAAACUCACUUGUGCUCUUCUCUUCUGCCAUGAAAAAAGAAAAAAAAACUUAAAGAAGCCUUUAUGUCACUUGGUCAGUCGAGUUGUUCUCGGAGUCAGAGUGAAGGUUCCUGCAAUGCAGGGACGAGGCAGUCGUCGCUGUCACAACAAAGCCUGUGAAGUCGAUGUGAACUCAACUGAAACUCUGUGGCGUGCAGGGAGGCUGGGAAACACAUUUCAAUGGUUACCACUAGAUGGUGCUGUGUAAAUAAACUACAGGCAGUUACUCCGACCUGGUGAAGCAGUGUUAAUGCGUCUGACAGUGUGGUUCUUCUAACUUUCUCUUACAUCAGAUAAGUUAUCAUGCCAAAAAUAUCCUCAUUAUGUAUUUAUUGAAGAAUAUUUGGCAUAAGUUGUCAUUGUUUUACUUUAAAUUUAAGAACUGUAUAAAUUUACAAUAAAAUUCUUGACAAAAGAA